AGGUUACAGAAGUGCGCAAACCCAAUGCUCAAGUAAAAAUACGAGUACUUGCCUACAAAUGUACUCCUCUACAAGCACAAGAACCACGUCAUCUUCUUUCUACUCCAGCAGGAGUCCUACUUCUCUAAUGAACAACAGAAGUUUCAGAAGUUUUUAUGUCCUGUGACCCAACAAGUCAAACAGCAUCUCUCACACUCACACUGACGACCAAUCCCAGCGCACGACCUCAGGGCAGAACCUGGGCUGGCCAAUCAGGUCCAAGGGGUGGUUCUAGACUCCUCCCACUACUCUCUGUGUAAAAUGUGUGUGAGCUGGGGUGCGUGCGGCCGGAGGAGCAGAGACUCAGACUGAGAGUCACACGGCACAGACGAGAAGAUGCUGAAGGGGAAAGUAGCUGUGGUGAGCGGAGCGGCUCAGGGUUUGGGGAAAGCCUUCUCACACAUCCUGCUGGAAAACGGAGCUCAGGUGGCCAUGCUGGAUGUGAACGAGGCAGUGGGUCAGGAGCUGCAGGUCCAGUUCAAUCAGCAGUACGGAUCGGACCGGACCCAGUUCCAUAAAGCAGACGUGUCGUCGGAUCAGCAGUUUACAGAAGCGUUCCAGAAGAUUCUCAGUAAAUUCGGCCAAAUAGACAUCUUCUGUAACAACGCAGGAAUCGCAGACGAGAAACACUGGGAGAAAACCAUCUCCAUAAACCUGACAGGAAUGAUAAAAGGAACGUAUUUGGCUCUGGAUCACAUGAAGAAACAGGACGGUGGAAACGGAGGCGUUAUUAUUAACGUAGCGUCGCUGGCAGGUCUCGGUCCAUUGCCAUCAGCUCCCGUCUACACAGCAACCAAACACGGUGUGGUGGGAUUCUCUCGCGCUCUCGCUGCAGCCUCUCAGGUGUCAGGUUAUGGUGUAAGGAUUAACGCUCUGUGUCCGAGUUUCGUCAAGACGGCACUGAUCGACUCGUUUAAACAAGAGGACAAAACAGGACAAUUUCACAAUAUGGUCUCUGUGACACAGAGUCUCCUGGACAAGUUCCCCAUCAUCGAGGUGGAGCAGGUAGCGAAGGCGUUUCUCCUCAUGGUGAAGGAUGAGAGUGUGAACGGCGCGGCCCUUGUGGUGAGAAAUGAAGGUGCAGGUUAUGCUGUGUUCCCUAAAGAGUUGGAGACCACGCCCGUCUCUCUGUAACCAUGGAAACGUCUCAGUCCUGCACUGAUCACAUCCAGAUCUGUUCUUCCUGAGUCACAGUGAAGUUUUUAUAUUAAUAAACUGAUUAAUUCAUUAAUUAAUAAACUGAGCAGUGUU